CAGUUGCCAGGACACAAGAUGGCGGCCGCGGCGUCACCAGGAAGGAAGAGGCUGGUGGUUGGCGGGAAUCCUGUCCUGGUGCCGAGGGUACUGAGGAGACAUGGAUGAGUACGAUCUGUACGGGAUAGAGGAUGACUACGAGGCACAGUUCUCCGACGAGCUGGAGGUGCUGGCAGGGCUGGAAGAGGACGUACCUUCUCGCCCGGUUCCGAAAACAUCACAGUUUCGCCAGAAACCAUCGUUUGAAGAGGCGAUUACUUCUGCUGACCACGUGAGGAGCACAGGGAGCCGCAAGCUUGGCCAGGAGAGUAAUGGCAGCCUUACCGCCGAGAAGUCUAAGAAGCGGGAUGCUGGCUCCCUCCACGAGAUGGAAGUGGAUGAAUUCUCGGACAGCUUCUAUGAUCCUCCUAUCACUCCAAAACACAAGCGCCCGAGGAUAGAUGCUGUUAAGAAGCUGGACUUUGAUGCAGAUGAUCUGUCUGUGGACAUCACAGAGAUAAGUGACGACAUCACCCCACCGCCCUCCCCAGGACCCACUCAGAAGAGAAAUGAAAGGAAUCCAAAGUUUCUUAGCUGCGAUGAUCUUGAGGUGAGUGACAUGGCACCUAUACAAGAGACGCCUAAUAAAGCAGAUGAGAAGCGUGUGCUCAAACGCCCUCCCGUCUUAGAGGACUACAUCCAUGUAACGUCUAGUGAUGGCUCCAGAUUCUACAUGGCCUUGAAGGAGGACCAGGAUGUGACAGGGGUUGAGGACCUCUCAAAACAUGGGGGGCUUAGCUGGAGAGGAGAGCAGCAGCUGCAUCUUUUGGGGGUCCCAUUCUCCUAUCUGAAGGAGCAGGUAGCAGACGAGCGCCGGAGGCAGGUGUUGGAGGAGUCGCAGCGUCUUACAGACAUGUUGAACAGCCAAAUGAAUGACUUUGCGGAGGCUGAACAUGAGGCUUUAGAGGUUGGUGCCAUAGAGGAGGAGGAUGAAGAGGGAGGCAAUACGUCGCCUCACAGUCUGUGGGUUGACCGAUAUACGCCGAGACAUUACACAGACCUACUCAGCGAUGAUUAUACCAAUCGCUGCCUCCUGAAAUGGCUGAAGCUGUGGGACACCAUGGUCUUUGGUAAAGAGAAGGUGGCAAAGAAGAUAAAAGCAAACACAGAACAGCAUGUCAAUUUCAAGUCCCAGAAGGAGCAGCCGAGCAAGUGGAAGACCAAAGCCCAGAUCACAGAGGAGAUCCUGGAGGCAGAACUAGAUCAGCAUAACAGGCCCAAAAACAAGGUUGCAUUGCUCUGCGGCCCUCCUGGCCUAGGGAAAACGACACUGGCACAUGUUAUUGCAAAGCAUGCUGGGUACAACGUCGUGGAACUGAAUGCCAGCGAUGAUCGCAGUCCAGAAAUCUUCAGAACACGUAUAGAGGCGGCGACUCAAAUGAAAUCUGUUCUGGGACUUAAUGAGCGGCCCAACUGCCUGAUUAUUGAUGAAAUUGAUGGCGCACCCACAGUCUCGAUCAACAUGCUGCUGAGUUUGAUCAACCGUAAAGAUGGCAAGGACGCAGAGUCUAGUAGUGAAGCGGCACCAUUGAAGAAGAAGAAGAAAGAGGGCGGCUUGAUGCUAAGACCCAUCAUCUGUAUCUGCAAUGACCAGUAUGUCCCGUCACUCCGCCAGCUGAGACAGCAAGCCUUCAUGCUCAAUUUCCCGCAGACGCUGCCCUCCAGGCUGGUGCAAAGGUUAUAUGAGAUCACCAUUAGACAAGGGAUGAAAUCAGACACGGGCGCAUUGAUGGCGCUGUGUGAGAAGACGGAGAAUGACAUAAGGUCCUGCAUUAAUACGCUGCAGUUCCUGCAUGGACGAGGGAAGAAGGAGCUGAACAUGCGCACAGUCCAGACCAUGAAGAUCGGGCUGAAGGAUCAGAACAAGGGCCUAUUUACUGUGUGGCAGGAGAUCUUCCAGCUCCCCAAAGUCCAAAGAAAGCACGUCGGUCAGGAUAUCUCCACUUCAGACCUGCAGCACGUUCCAGGAAAUUAUACUGACUCCCUCAAUGCGUUGGGCAGAACGCCGCUAAGUGCUAUGGCCCAAAGAUUUCACCAUAUCUUGCACCUUACCACUGCCACGGGAGAGUAUGAGAAGCUAACAAUGGGGUUAUAUGAUAACUUUUUAAACAUGAAAGUGAAGGAGUCCAGUUUCGGCAUGGUGUGUUCAGCACUGGACUGGCUGGAGUUCACAGACAUCGUUAAUUCCACUAUAAUGCAUGGGCAGAACUUCCAGCUCAUGAGAUACCUGCCCUUCCUCCCAGUUGCCUUCCAUCUCUUCUUUGCCACCUCCAACAUACCCCGCAUUGCUUAUCCCAAUGCCCACUACGAGGCCCAGUCUAAACUGAAUCAGAUGCAGAAUACUCUGCAUGCCAUGUUAUCUGAGAUCACGCCUGCCAUCCGCACACGCGUGGGACCGGAUUCCUUGGUACUGGAUGCUCUGUGCCUUCUGCUUGAUGUCAUCUCUCCGAAGCUCCGCCCAGUGAAUACACAGCUGUACAGUAUGAAAGAGAAGCAGCAGCUGGCAGACCUGAUUAACACCAUGCUGGCCUAUAACCUGACGUACCACCAGGAACGCACCAUGGACGGGCAGUAUGUCUACAAGCUGGAUCCAAACGUUGAGGACGUUUGCCGUUUUCCAGAUCUCCCGGCUCGCAAGCCGCUCACUUACCAGGCCAAGCAACUCAUCUCCCGUGAGAUUGAGCUAGAGAAGAUGAGGAGGUCGGAGGCCUUUCAGCAGGCGCGGAACGUCGGAAGGGAUGCUAAUAACAAACUGGGAGAUGUCGCCAAGGAUAACAGUGCAGCAAAGCCCACCUCCAAACCUGGGACCUUAAACCAUGAGCAACGCCUAGAGCAUAUUGUGAAGAAGACGACAUUUGAGGAGAAGCCUGAAAAGGAUUUCUUUGGACGCCAGAUAGUCAAGAAAGAGGUUUCUACGCUUACAGGCAACACAAACCAGGAGGAUUCUGUGGAGAAAAAGAUAGGGACAGCAGUUGGGAACAGCCACGUCUGGUUUCGCUUUAACGAAGGGGUAUCGAAUGCUGUGCGGAGGAAUGUGUGCAUUAAGGACUUGUUAUGAAGAUUUGGUGUAACUUAAGACUGUUACGCAUCAAGGAAAGGCAUGAGAACAUCGUAUAUAGCGUCACCCAGCUGUUGCCUGGCAGGAGUGUCGCUGCCAUACUGUGAUGGAAGACUGGAAUGUUUACCUGGACACUUUAUAUACACGUGGGCUGUACACAAAAGCCGCACACUCAGUACCUGUCCGCACCGGCGUAAAGUCAUUUCAGGAACAGAUCGCUCCCAGAUGGCCUGUCUACAACCAAGAGGGUUCAGUGCAGGAUACAUUUUUGUAAUGUUUAUAAUAUAAUAAAUUGAGUUCAUAUAAUGGGGUUAUACUUUUUACCCUUUUGUCCCGUUAA